AUGUGUUUUGCAAAAGAAAUUAUAGUACCAACAACUCCUAAUCCAACAAGACAUAACUCGGAACAACAUAGACGGUUAAAAAAUAUUUUUUCCGGAGCAAUAGGUGCAUUAGAUGGAACUCUUGUACAUGCGGUUGUACCCGUUGAUCAACAAACUCGUUAUAGGGGAAGAGGAAAAGGAGAAUGUUUUCAAAAUGUAAUAGGAAUUUGUGCUUUUGAUAUGAUAUUCACCUUUGUUUGGGCUGGAUGGGAAGAUAAAUAUUACCUUUGUGAUGCCGCAUAUACAAACACUCGUGGGUUUAUGGCUCCAUACCGCAAUACUAGGUAUUGGUUAGCCGAUUUUCGAAGAGGCAGACCUUUAACUAGAGAAGAAAGGUUCAAUUAUGCUCAUGCACAACUUAGAAAUGUUAUUGAGUGUGCUUAUGGUGUAUUGAAGGCGAGAUUCCCAAUCUUAAAACAAAUGGCCCCUUAUCCUUUUACAGUGCAAAGAGACAUAGUCAUUGCUUGUGUCGCGGUCCAUAAUUUUAUAAGGAAGUACAAUAUAGAACAUGACUUGUUUAGAAAUUUUGAGGAGGACACUAUGGUUACUCCUGACGUCCAAGGUGGGGGAAUUGAUAGAGAAAACAUACAAGGCAUAGAAUGGGGUCCAGAAGCCAUUAAAUAUAUGUGUGUUUUGCGUGAUCAGAUUGCAAAUCAAUUACUCUCACCUACUUUACGUUAA